AUGUGAAACUUGUGGGGUUCGGUACCUUUAGCAAGGUUAAGAAUCACCGUUCUCAAGGUUCCAAAUACUAAGUGUUGGUUAAAGCAUACAUUUUGACAGCAUGCAUGGUGAUGUACUGAGUCCUGUGGAGUUUGGACAUGAGCUCUGGUUACAGAUAAACAAGCCAAUUGAAGGAAAGUGAAGACUUUGACCUUGGACGGCUAAAAACCACGUUGGUCAUUACACUUCUGCACCACUGCUACUUCUACCUCACUAAUCCCCCCAAAAGGAGAUACAGUUGGAAAAUGAGCACCUUCACGACUCUCGCGACAGGCCAGAAGAUGCCCAUGGUUGGGCUGGGUACAUGGAAGAGUGCACCGGGACAGGUUAAACAGGCAGUUCUGGCAGCUUUGGACUGUGGUUAUCGACACAUCGAUUGUGCGGCGGCAUAUGGGAAUGAACAGGAAGUGGGAGAAGCUCUGGCUCUCAGGGUCGGUCCGGGCAAGGCUUUGUGUCGUGACCAAGUGUUUGUUACGUCCAAACUUUGGAACACCAAACAUGACCCAUCAGAUGUUGAGGAAGCAUGCAGGACCACCUUGGCCCACCUGGGUCUCUCCUACGUGGACCUCUAUCUAAUGCAUUGGCCCAUGGCCUUUCAGCCGGGGAAAGAAUUGAUGCCUCGUCGGGAAGACGGAAGCGUGUGUUACUCUGACACGCACUACACGGACACUUGGGUCGCCAUGGAAGGCCUCGUAGACCAAGGCCUGGUCAAGGCCAUCGGUUUGUCGAACUUCAACGCCAGGCAGAUGGAUGACAUUAUCAGAGUGGCCAGACACAAGCCUGUGGUAAACCAGGUAGAACGUCAUCCAUAUUUGGCCCAAGUAGAUCUGCUGGCUCACUGUCGGUCAGCAGGGGUUUGCCUGACAGCUUACAGUCCUCUAGGGAGCGGGGAUCGACCGUGGGCCUCCGGUGAGGAACCCCGAUUGCUGCAGGAUCCUCAGCUGGGAGAAAUAGCGCAAAGAUACAGCAAGACCCCUGCCCAGAUCAUACUUAGGUGGCACAUUCAAAACGGCGUCGUGUGCAUCCCCAAAAGUGUGACGCCUUCCAGGAUCCAUCAGAACUACAACAUUUUUGACUUUCAACUGUCAGAGGUUGACGUAAAGCGCAUUGACGCUUUAAAUCUUGGCCAUCGCUUUGUCGCCCCGACAGUGGAGAGGGAUGGCAAGAGAUUUUGGAGAGAUGCAGAGCACCCUUAUUUCCCAUUCAAUGACCCCUACUGAGUCAGGAAAGUAGGUUUUAACCAUGAUUUUUUUUCGUGUGUCUCACACGUUUAAAAUAAUAAAAAAAUUUCUUUCACUGAAUUUAAUAAUCGUUCAAAAGUAGAUGUAAAAAAUGUUUCCUAUAUUUAUAUGGGUAUAUCUUUUGAUCCAAUGCAAUACAGUUGAACCAUUUUUCCGUGCCAUUGACAGCGAAAGAUGUCCUUUUAACUUAGAAUAGCCGGCAGUUUGUCAUUCAGAAUUGGACAUCAGUCACCAUUAAAGAUGUCCCGAUCAAUCGGCGGGUCGGAUCACUUCAUUUUCAAAGUAUCGGAAUCAGCAAAAAAAUAUCGGACAUGCCUUUUUUUAAUACAUAUAUAUUUUUUAAUUAAAUAGUUUUCUAAUUGUAUUUAACGUUACAGACAAAAUGUCUUACACUCAUCCAGAGUCUUUAGUUUUGGCUUAAAGUAGGGCUAUCAAAUUAAUCGCGUUAACGCCGGUAAUUAAUUUUUUAAAAAACAAUUAAUGCAUGCGCUGUACGACCCACUCACGCAUUGUCACGGUCAAUCUAUACUGGCGCCGAGUUACCUAUAUAUAGAGCUAAAAGGCAGCGUACAAUGAGUAGAGAGAAUUUUGGCAGCCUUUGGAGCAGUUUUUUAAUUGGCUAAAGCCUUACAAUCCUCUCAAGAAAGGUAGUAGUUGAUCUUUUUCGUAACACCCUAACGCAGAGAAGAUAUCUCAAUUGGUGCCACUACGCACAGUCAUGGUUGCACUUCCCAUCAUGCAUUUGGGCAGAACAGUUAAAUGGGUACAGUAUCAUUUACUGAAGGCUCAACAAAUACACUAGAUGGCAAUAUUUAGUCACAAUAUACAAGGUCACAUUUAUCCUUUAAGAAUUACGAGUCUUUCUAUCCGUGGAUCCCUCUCACAGAAAGAAUGUUAAUGUAAAUGCCAUCUUGAUGAUUUAUUGUCAUAAUAAACAAAUACAGUACUUAUGUACUGUAUGUUGAAUGUAUAUAUUCGUCCGAGUUUUAUUCAUUUUUUUCUCAAUGCAUUGCCAAAAUGUAUAUGAUCCGGAAAAAUUAUCGGGAAUGAUUGGAAUUGAAUCGGGAGCAGAAAAAAGCAAUUGGAUCGGGAAAUAUCGGGAUCGGCAGAUACUCAAACUAAAACGAUCGGGAGCAAAAAAACAUGAUCGGAACAACCCUAGUCACCAUCAUUGGGGUAAUCGUCAAUUCAUUUUUUUUUUGUCCUUUCGGAAAUUUAUCACCAUGAUAGUCCUGGAGGAUGUUGAUCUUCUUUGCCUUGAGGAACUUUUAAGUAGAGACUGAAGUAUGCGAUGGAGCACCAUCCUGCUGCAGAAUUUGUCCCUUUUCAUGGUUAAGAAUGUAAGAGGCAGCUAAGAUUUGUUGAUAUUUCAGACUAUUUAUGUUGCCUUCCACCCUGCAGAUCUCUCGCACACCCCCAUACUGGAUGUAAUCCCCGACCAUGAUUUUGCACCACCAAACUUCACAGUUUUAUGAGUGAAUCUCGGAUCCAUGUGGGCUCCAGUAGGUCUCCUGCAAUAUUUGCAAUAUUUGUGGUGUAAUUCAAUGGAAGAUUCAUCUGAAAAAAAUCCCCCUUUUGCCACUUUUCCAGCGUGCAUCUUUUUGACAGGCUUUGGGCUUUGGCAAAUGCCACAAGUUUUUUUGAUU